UGGCGAGUCAAGUCAAUUUGUAAAAUGUGAAUUAGCAUUGUUUUGGUGUUUUGCUCCAAGAAAAGAGGACAAAAUCUACCUCUUAAAGUAACUCAGAAGUAUGGGGAAUGCACCUUCGGGUGGUAUAAAUGACAAUGAUGAUGAGGAUGCAGACUUUUUUGAGGAAGGGAAAAUGGCAUUACUGAAUGACACCUCUGAAGGAGGCCUAGAUAUAGGCUCACUAUUUGAUCAUGGUCAGUUAAGAGAGGCUGCAGGGAAAAUCAAGGAAGAAGCAAAUGAGAGUUUCCUCCAGCAACACAUCAGUACAAUAGUAAGAUGGCUUGAAGAAAGAAGAGGACGUCAUGAUGAAUUCAUUAGUUUGUCUCAGUUUACUGACAUGCUGGUUGGACGAGGAGCAAAUAGAGAAGAAUGUGUAGAACUUUUUAAUCAAUUUGAUGCAGAAGGUGAUGGUCAAGUUGUAGUGGAAUAUUUUUUAGAGACAUUACAAGGGCUGCCUGGUGGUGCUUUAAGUGCCAAGGGAGACUUGCGAACAUCAAUCAAAUCAUUGCAGACAUGCUCAAUCACACCAGGGUUUGUUGAUUCCUAUGCUGACAAUAGUGAAGGUGUUAUCWAUCAUGGACAAAAGCUAUUAAAGUUUGUGAUGAGAAAUAGAUCUCAAAGUACAUCCCUACCCAUCCCUGCACUAGAAGGGUUUUGCAACACUUCAGAAAUGAGGCUCAAAGUACUGCAAUCGCAUAUUGAAGCUUUUAAAGAAAAAGCAAAUGUCACUAGUCAAGCAUCAGCACUAGGAGAGGGUGGAGAAAUACUUAAACCGUUAACUAAAUGCUAUACAGACAUAGAGGUGUCGUCAAAUAAAUCUGAUGUAUUAAGGGUAGUAAAUGGGGAUUCUAAUAGUUAUUGGCAGUCUGAUGGACCAGCCAGAUCACACUGGGUCAGGUUAAAAAUGCGUCGCAAUGUGGUGUUAAAACAGUUAUUAAUCAAUGUAGCAUCGGCAGAUCAGAGUUAUAUGCCACAGCAUAUCGUCAUCAUGGCAGGUCGUGAUGAACAACACUUAAGAGAAAUUGGUGAUGUUAGAAUACCAAGUCAUGUAACAGGAGAAUAUACUUUAAUAGAGAAUGUAAAAACUGCUUAUCCAGUAAUUCAAAUAAAUAUCCGUCGUUGUCAUAGUGAUGGCUGUGACACAAGAAUACGAGGGCUAAAGGCUAUUGGCUAUAAAGUUUUAAAAACUAAAGGUAUGAGUGUUAGUGAUGCUUCAGCUGUUUGGUAUCUUUCAAUUCUUGGUGCUACAGCACAAGCAACUUUACCUCUAGCACCUCACCUUAGAGAUUCACUUCUGGCUAUUACAAGAUCUGCUUUAGAGCACAUGAAACCCUUAUCCCUAUCUAUUUAUUCACCGGAAAGACCAUUAUUUAUGACACAAAAUGUCAUUGAGGAAGUAGAGAACUUUUUACACUCCAUUGUCAGCUUUGGAGGAGAAAUACAACCUGAUAGUUUAAAGAUUCUAAUCGAGUUCACCCUUGCUAGAGGAAGUCUUAAAAGUAUCCUUAAAGUUUUGAAACUUUUAUAUGAUAUUUGCGACCAAGAUAUGAAUGGACUUAGUAUUAUCAAAUCACUUCAAGAAGUACAGUUUACUGCGACCAAGGUCCAUGGUUCUCAGUUAAAAAUGUCUCUUGUUUCUUGUGAUGGAGGAGAGAAAGACAAGAAUUCCAAGGCAGAAAAUGUUCUCUCUGAGAAUUGGACGAGUGAAGCCUAUCUUUCUGAAACUGGCAAGAAAGUGAUCAACAUGACUUUUUCUUGUUCCCUGUCAAAUCCUGUCAGACUCACUAAACUUAUUAUCAAGGUUACUAGAGGCGCUCUUGGACCUAAAGCAGGAAUCAUCUUUGUCCUGAAUGACUUCAAAAGGGAUGAAAAAGACAAAGAUUCAGCUGAAGUUGAUCAGUUUAGCAAAUACAAUGACUGGACAAAAGCAAGCUAUGCAGAAUUCCUGAGAAUGAAUCCUACCUCAGCAACAAGAAAACCUGAGGAUCCUGUUGCCUUCUUUACAACAGAACAAGACUGGGAUGAAGUUGAGGUACCUGUAGACCACAUCAGAUCAGGAAAGUAUAUUUUGAUUAAGUUUCUUGGUCCAAGAAAAGAUACUGCAGACAGAAUAGGUGUUAUAGGCAUCCAUUUCUUUGGUUAUGAAGUGAAACCAUCUUGUCCACUCAGCCUUGACCUUAGACUGGAUGAGGUUGCGCCUAUACCUGAGACCAAUGAAGUAGAAGGAGCUGUGUUGUUCUUGAGAAUUUUGUCUUUUUUAGAUGAAAUGGCAAAGGAUCAGGUACAGGCAAGGAUAAAUGCUUCCAACAAGAAUAUUGCUUAUGUCCAAGAAAAGGAAGGACAACUUGAUUUGUCAAGCAUUAACCUAGAGCUAUUUUGGGAGAUCUACACACUAGUAACAAGAAGAGGGAUAAAGCAUCGUAAGAUUAUUGUUGCAAGCAUUCUUCUACUAAGACUGAUGUACUUGACACUUCCGCACCUAAAACCAGCCAAGAUAUCGUCCAAAAAAACUGACGACAAAAUACAACAGCUUUCAAACAAAGUUUUUAUUUAUCUUUGUGAUAUUGUGGAUGAUGAUGGAACAAGAUUCUGUAAAGACUUACAACACAUCUCUAAACAAAUCAUCCUUGAAGGUGCUGAGGUAUUCUUCCCAGACACAGACACAAGACGUAACCAUUUACUCUCCAUGGUCGACCAGGUCAUGGUUGAAGGGAAAGCUGUAUCUUUGGCUAUGACAUUUGAAUCACUAUGCAGGUUCUUUAGUAACAAAGAUGCAAGUGGACUAUUAGGUUUGCCUGAUAUAUUACCAGAGAAGGAAUUUGACUGUACACCAGUGAUUUCUGUGAUGACAACACUGCUAUCAGUCGCGUAUCAAGAGUGCCUUAGUAGUUUAACAUCAGAUAGUCCUGUAAGAACCAAUGGUGAUUCCAGGUCUAACCUGGUACAGUUGCUGUGUGCCAUGCAAAAGAGUCUUCUAUUGUGGUGUCACACUCAGUUAAAGGGGAACAAUAAGAUUGGAACUGAUGCUGCCUUGACAUUGGUGGAAGAAUAUACUGGAAUCCUUGCUAACAAAGUCUGCAGUGCCCUUCAAGCUGUCAGUGGUCUACCAUGCAAGGUGACAGCUAUUGAUAGACUUGAACACUCAUUUGUGGCUGCGGCAACAAGACAACAUGUCCUGUUUCUCAAUGCCUUCACUGGUCUUGAUGACAUUUGUCUUCCUGUACUAAAAAGCCUUCAUCCCAUUGGCUUGGAACUAAGGAAGCUGUCUACAGACCUCCCAGAUCUAUUUUUCAAGAUUGACUCUGAAGAAUGGAACAAGGCCCAGGGAGAAACUGUGCUUCGUACUUGGGAAGAGGAAUCCAACCAUGACUAUGAGAACAAUCAGGAUAUUUCCAAGGUUUUCAGCUGCCCAGGAUGCUCUGAAUUCACAGUAGAGUUUGACCCUCAGUGUGAAACGGAGAGAAAGUAUGACUACCUGGAGUUUACAGACUCUAAUGGAAAUAAAAAGAGAUUUGACCAAAAGGUUGGAACAGACAAGUGGCCAUUGAAAAUCACAUUCAAGGCUGGUGACAGAUUACUGUUUUAUUUCCAUUCUGAUGGUAGCAAUAGUGAAUGGGGAUACAAGUUCAAGGUUAUUGCCAAGGGCUCCCCAGAUGUGGCUUUGUCAUGGAUCUUUGACUUGCAGCUUGGUAUGGCAAGGUUAUUUGGUCUUCUUUGUAGUGCUGCUCUUGAUUCAAGGAAAGCUUCAUUACCACCAUCAGAAAAUGACAAAGAAGAGGAUGACACAAAACUACUUCACAGUGAAAUCUGGACAACAUUAUUUCGUGGUGGUUACAUGACUAUUAAACUGCAAAGAUCACUUUCAGGACAUCAYGCCACAAGUCCACCACAAGAGUCAUCUGUCAAUUCCUUUUUACAUGGCCUCAUUGAAGAUGAUGGUUGUGAUCUUAUUAAAAGAUGUCGUCAAGUGCUUCCAGGCCCCCCUAUUGGAGGUCCUUUGGUGGAUAAGGCUGUUAAAGCUGUCUUUGCUGCUCUUAUAUGGCACUCACAAGAACUGCGAGAACAAGUUGUUUUGUAUGCUAGUAAUACACCCCCUGAGUCUGUACCAAUUGGCAUACAGGAAGCAUUUGCUAUUGCUGAAUCCUUGAGAAGGAAUCUGGUUGAUCGUCGUCAGAAACUUGUCCUCCAGGCUGAAGAAGAGGGAAGUCAAGUAUCUAAAGCUGAUCAGGAUACUCCUGUAAUCAAGUGUAAAGAAAAAGCUCAGUUUCUGUUAAAGUUUGGUGGUCUUCAGAGAAUGACAGAUAAAUCAGAAAGAGAAAACCGAAGAUCAAAAUGGCUGGGUAGAAAGUCAUCAUGGCAGAAGUCUUCCUCCUCUGAGAACUUGACAAGUCCAUUCCUAUCAACAAGACAGCGAACGUUUUCAGUGGAAGAGAUCAAAACCAUCGAUAAACAUCCAGCGUUCAAGCUCAUCAUUGACUUUGUUACCAAUGAAACCUACUCUCAUGAGAGAAUAUGUGCCCUUUUACAGCAGCGUAACAAGCAUGCAAAUACUGUGGCUGAUAUUUACUUGUUUGCUUCUGAUUUUCUAAGAAUUUCAUCUGAGACCGACACUGUUCAGGCACCAGCAGUUUUAUUUUUGCAGCAAUUCCUCUCCAUGCAAAAGUAUUUUCCAAGGCACUAUGCUGAUAAUCUUGAUGGGUGUGGUCUGGGGCUAGAGGGUAAGGUGCGCAAGGCAUAUUACACACUGGUGAGACGAGGACUGGAUGCUGUCAAAUCAUGUUCAUCACAUACAAAUAUCUUGAAGUGUAGUUCAUCUGCAUUUGAAUGUCUGCGUGCUUAUGUUACCCAUCUACUGGAUACAGAAUGGAAGCCGUAUGACUAUACAUUUAUACAUGAUGUUCAUCUGCCUGAAUUCUUAUUUGAAACUGCUAAAGCCACAGUGCAGAUCCCAAAGAUGGACAUCAAUGAUUUAAGUGAGAAGCAGGAACUAGACCACUAUGAAGACUGCAUGAAAUGGUUUGAAGAAGCAAAAAAUGAUUUUGACUCUUGGUGGAGUGGCAUGCAAAACCAGGAAAUGACUCCUGAACAAAAACGACAAAUGCAUCUGUUUGUUGCUGAGUUCUCUGACUGUCUUGAAGUCACUAUCACAUGUGAUGGCUGUAGUUGCACGUUGCCUGGACGACGAUUCCGUUGUUUAAAUUGUCCAGAUGUGGACCUGUGUAGUGCUUGUUACUUGGGUGGAAUUAUGCCAGAAGGGCAUACAGAUGAGCACCAGGUGGUUGAUUUACGCUUCAAGUGCAAUCAGUGUCAGUGCUUUAUUGUUGGUACAAGAUUUCACUGCAAUGAAUGUGAAGAUUUUGAUCUUUGUCUUGGUUGUCAGAUGUUUUUGAAGUUUCCAUCAAGACAUUUUGCUUCACAUAGAGUAACAAAGUUUCCUUUUAAGACUGUUCCUACAAGCAAUCAACCAACUGGUCUUGUUCAAGACUACACUAACCAGCAUGUGUGGUUACAGUUUGCAUCGUUAGCGCUGUCUUUAGCCAGUACCCUGAACAAUGAAACCAAAAAUGGGCUYAAUGCAGAGUACACAAGAACUGCUGGAAUGCUGCACAUGGACUGUUUGGCUCUUCUCAAUAAAUCACUGACUUAUAUCGCCAGAUCUUCUGAAGAAAUGUCCAAACAAAUGUCAUCAGAAGCAUCGCCAUCGUCUAGUGGUGAAGUUUUGAAUAAAACCAGCAGUGACUCUAUUGAAUCACAGGCCUCAUCAGAUGAAGCUACAUCUGCUGUUAAACUAGCACAAAUAUUAGUAGCUGUAAAAGAAGAAGCAUGUCAGUCUUCAGGGGAWUUAAAGUCUUCUUCAGAAGAUAUUCCAGCAGCGGAUUCUGUUGUACCCACUACGACAGACUCUGAACAAUCUACAGGGAWUGUAGUACCUGCUGAGGGACAGUCAAGUCAAACUGCAGGGGAAAGWAGUGCAUCUAAAGAUGGUUCAGAUACCAUGGAUGUUCCAUCUGUAAUAUCAUCWAGUGAACAAGAAGCAACUGCUUCAAGUACAUCAGAGGAGUCACUAGCUACACAGUGCAGCAAUGUCAAAGUCUGUGAGAGUUCCAGCCUGGAGACCAUUGGASAAGAAAGCAGCCCUAAAGCACUAAGAAAGGAAGAGGCAGAAAAAGUCUUUGCCCGAGGAGCAAACGAGAGAAUCCUUGGCUUACUUGGAGCUCUGUUACCAAAUGAUUCUAAGCUUGUACACUGGACUAAUUCAUGUGUCGGUAUUGAAGAAUUCCUGUCAGACAAAUUUCUACCAACUUUGUAUACUAUAAUAAGGAGCAAGUAUUGUGAAGGUGACACAAGAAGUCUUGCUAUGGGUGUAUUGGGAAAGUUUCUACAGUGUGCAAACCCUGAGGUCUCAGACAGUGCAAUAGCAAGGGUUCAGUCAUGUGGACAAGUCACUGUGAAUACAACUACAGAAGAACCUUGUGAAGAGCUGUCCCGUGGUUCCAAGACUGUAGAAUUUCUCUUUCAGCUUGGAGCUGAGUAUCUUGCAAGCUCUGACCUUGAUGCAGCAUCAGGCAUGGCGUCCACUCUACAACAGUUGGCCAGUGUUUCUCCAUGGCAGCCAAGUGUCAGUAAACACAUUGGUAAAUUCAUUAAUCGUUUGGCAUCUGCYUCGAAGACUGUCGAGUUGAGUGGCAUAUUUGGUCUCUUAGUGUUUGCUGGUUUUCCAGAUGCAUCUCGUACAGGUGCUGCAGUCGAGGUUAAACAAGCAUCAGAAGACAAUCGUAAAGCAACAGUUGUAAAAGCCUACCCUGAGAAAGGUGCCAUCAUGGUCGUAGACAUCAAAUCAAGGAGACGGAAAUCUGUCAAGGAAUACGACGUGGAGAGUUCUUCAAGUUGGACAGACAUAUCUGAUGCUGCUAAUCUUACAACACUGAUGACUAUAGUCAAAGAUAUCUUAACUGAACUCAAACAAGGAAUAAAGGUUUCAGUAGAAAGACUGUGGAUGCUCUACUUAGCUUUGAAAGGACUCUUACGGAAUAUCAAGGCAGCUGAAGAGAGCAGCUACCAUCACGAUAUCGUUAGUCGUGGAAUCAUUCCUCUUCUAGUCAGCCUGAGUUGUAAAGGAACGUCGUUUAGCAGUCAGUGGUUACUUAGAGACCUUGARGUGUUAUCCCUUAAGAUAUAUAAACUAGAGAAAAUGAAGCCUAAAGAUAAGCAAGAGAUUUCCAAACCUGUCAAAGAAGCUGCUCCUAGUUUACCUCCAAAGCCGUCAGAUUUAACCGCAUCCGCUAAAGAUACCAGUCCAGCAGAUGAAUUUGGAGGACAAGACCCAUAUGAAGGCAUGGAUGACGUUACUAAAGCUUGUUUCGAUACUAUCCAUGAUGCUGUGCAAGCACCUCUAGAGAUACUAAGAGCUAUCUUUGAACACGUUGGGCGAGACAGAGAAAAACUGUUAGAAGAAGUGCAACGAUGUUUUGAUGGAUCAGGAUUCACACCAUCUGAAGAAGUCAAACAACUUUCCAAGAGAUGGUAA